AUGAAGUUGGUGGUUCUCAUGUCGUUCUUGCUCCUUUUUCCAUUGUGUUCCUCAAGGCUUGAAGAGAGCCAUGGAAAUGGAGUUCUUCACACCGACCAAUAUUCAAUAAAUAUGAUGAUGGAUUAUUCGAAAACAAGCUCAAACCCAAGUCGUGAUCAGACGAUAAAUGGAUGGGGGCGUCCUGUGCGGUCGCCGCCACCGCAGAUUAACGAUAAGAAUCAUCAGAUAGUAAACCUUUGGGGCCGUCCGGUGCGACCACCGCCACCGCAGAUGAACGAUAAGAAUCAUGAGACAAUAAAUCUUUGGGGUCGUCCGGUGCGACCACCGCCACCACAAAUGAACUACAAUUAUUAUCAACCAAUAAACUGGAGUCGUCCUGUGAAACCACCCCCACCAAAUAUGAAUUCUAAGAAUCAUCUGACAAUAAACGGUUGGAGUCGUCCUGUGCAACCACCUCUACCGCAAAUGAACUAUAAGAAUCACCAGACAAUAAACCUCUGGGGUCGUCCUGUGCGACCACCACCACCACAGAGGAACUACAAAAAUCAUGAUGAUGAAAUAAAUAUCUAA